AUGAAAUACUCCAUCCUCGCCUCCAUCGUCUCUGGCGCUGGCCUUGUCGCAGCCGCUGCCGUUGCCGCUCCCUCCUCUGCCACCUGUGUCCCCUAUGAUGGCGUUUGCUUCCUAGGAGGCAAAGACUACGGCCCUUGCUGCGACGACGGCAUUUGCGCCGGUUCGCGCUGCCGUGACCCCAAGACCUUGACCUCGGCUCAGCCUACUCCCACCUCCCAGCCUACAUGUGUUCCCUACAACGGUGUUUGCUUCCUCGGCGGCAAGGACUACGGCCCUUGCUGUGACGACGGCAUUUGCGCCGGCUCUCGCUGUCGCGACCCAAAGACCCUGACGCCGACUGAGCCUACUCCCACCGCGGAGCCCAGCUGUGUCCCCUACAACGGCGUCUGCUUCCUGGGAGGUAAGGACUACGGCCCCUGCUGCGGCGAUGGCAUUUGUGCUGGCAGCCGCUGCCGUGACCCCAAGACUAUCGGCGCUGAACCGACAGCGUAA